CCCGACCGCGUCUGCAACUUCUCCAUCAUAGCACACGUUGACCACGGCAAGUCGACGCUGGCAGACCGGCUGCUGGAGGCCACGGGAGCCAUUGCCACUGGCCGCCAGGCUCAAUACCUCGACAAGCUGCAAGUGGAGCGGGAGCGCGGCAUCACCACGGUGAGCCUGGUGUACCGCCACCUAGGCGCAGACUACCUACUGAACCUGAUUGACACCCCGGGGCACGUAGACUUUAGCUAUGAGGUG